CGCUUAACAAUUAGAAGAAGAAGACCGGAAAUGCGUCUGACGCGCAUGGCGCUCUUUGAAAAAUAAUAUUUUGCUCGCAGAAAUUGUUCUACUGUCUUCCUCUUAAGGUGAAGUUUGAUCUUAGUUGCGACACAGUGCAGCUCUCUGUAAGAUGGAGGCUGAUCUUUAUGACGAGUUUGGAAACUACAUUGGACCAGAGCUGGACUCCGAUGACGAUGAGGAUGACCUGGAGGCUGAAGAUAGGGAUGUUGAUGAGGCAGAUGAAGAUGAAGACGAGGAGCCGGCAGAUGCUGAUGAAGAUGUGCCGGGCAUGGAAGUGGUCCUGCAUGAGGACAAGAAGUACUAUCCAACAGCAGAAGAAGUUUAUGGCCCAGAAGUCGAAACUAUUGUUCAAGAAGAAGAUACCCAACCUCUUACUGAGCCCAUCAUCAAGCCUGUCCGUCACAGAUGUUUCACCCUGAUGGAACAGGAGUUACCUGCCACAGUUUAUGACAUGGAGUUUCUCGCAGAUCUGAUGGAUAGUCCGGAGCUGAUUCGCAAUGUCACACUGUGUGGUCACCUCCACCAUGGAAAAACUUGCUUCGUGGACUGCCUCAUUGAGCAGACACAUCCAGAAAUCAGGAAACGAGACGAUGUGGAUCUCCGUUACACUGACAUCCUUUUCACAGAGCAAGAGAGAGGUGUAGGAAUCAAGAGCACUCCCGUCACAAUGGUCCUGCCUGACUCCAGGGGAAAAUCCUAUCUCUUUAACAUAAUGGACACACCGGGUCAUGUGAACUUCUCGGAUGAGGUCACGUCAAGCAUCCGCCUGUCAGAUGGUAUCGUCCUCUUCAUCGAUGCAGCUGAAGGGGUGAUGCUCAACACGGAACGUCUAAUCAAACAUGCAGUCCAGGAGCGAAUGGCCAUCACAAUCUGCAUCAACAAGGUGGACAGGCUGAUUGUGGAGCUCAAACUUCCCCCCACUGAUGCCUAUUACAAACUACGCCAUAUUGUCGACGAAGUCAAUGGUUUGCUCAGUACCUACUCUACAGAUGAGAACCUGGUGGUUUCUCCUCUCCUGGGAAAUGUUUGCUUUGCCAGCUCCCAGUACAGCAUCUGCUUCACGCUGGGCUCGUUCGCAAAGAUCUACUCUGACACCUACGGUGACAUCAAUUACAACGAGUUUUCCAAGAGACUCUGGGGAGACAUUUAUUUCAACCCCAAAACGCGCAAGUUCACCAAGAAAGCUCCAAGUAGUAAUUCACAGCGCAGUUUCGUUGAGUUCGUCCUGGAGCCGCUGUACAAGAUCCUCUCACAGGUUGUAGGAGAUGUGGACACUUCUCUUCCACGGGUCCUGGACGAGCUGGGCAUCCACUUGUCCAAAGAGGAGCUGAAGCUGAACAUCCGGCCGCUGCUGAGGCUUGUCUGUAACCGUUUCUUUGGAGACUUCACUGGCUUUGUAGACAUGUGUGUGCAGCACAUCUCAUCACCACAGGAUGGCGCAAGGAACAAGAUAGAGCACACCUACACUGGUGGUCUGGACUCCGAUCUUGGAGAAGCAAUGGCAGAAUGCGACCCUGAGGGUCCUUUGAUGUGCCACACCACUAAAAUGUACAGCACCGAGGACGGAGUGCAGUUCCACGCCUUUGGGCGGGUUCUCAGUGGGACUAUCCAGGCAAGUCAGCCUGUCAAAGUAUUGGGUGAGAACUACACCCUGGAGGAUGAAGAAGACUCUCAGGUCUGCACUGUGGGGCGGCUGUGGAUCUCUGUUGCCAGAUACCAAAUUGAAGUGAAUCGAGUCCCUGCUGGCAACUGGGUACUGAUUGAAGGUUGUGACCAGCCAAUUGUGAAGACCGCUACCAUCACAGAGCCCAGAGGCAACGAAGAUGCUCAAAUCUUCCGACCCCUCAAGUUCAACACUGCCUCAGUCAUUAAGAUCGCAGUGGAGCCAGUCAACCCAUCAGAGCUGCCCAAAAUGUUGGAUGGACUGCGGAAGGUUAACAAGAGCUAUCCUUCGCUCACCACAAAGGUGGAGGAGUCUGGGGAGCAUGUCAUUUUGGGAACUGGAGAACUGUACCUGGACUGUGUCAUGCACGACCUGCGCAAGAUGUACUCCGAGAUUGACAUCAAAGUUGCUGACCCAGUCGUCACUUUCUGUGAAACAGUGGUGGAGACAUCGUCCCUCAAGUGUUUUGCUGAGACCCCAAACAAAAAGAACAAGAUCACAAUGAUCGCGGAGCCCCUGGAGAAAGGGCUGGCUGAAGACAUCGAGAACGAAGUGGUACAGAUUACAUGGAACCGGAAAAAGCUGGGAGAGUUUUUCCAAACAAAGUAUGACUGGGAUCUGCUGGCUGCCAGGUCCAUCUGGGCCUUUGGGCCUGACACCACUGGACCAAAUAUUCUCGUAGAUGACACACUGCCAUCUGAGGUGGACAAGGCGCUGCUGGGCUCUGUCAAAGACAGCAUUGUCCAGGGUUUCCAGUGGGGCACCAGGGAAGGGCCUCUCUGCGACGAACCCAUUAGAAAUGUCAAGUUCAAGAUCCUGGAUGCAGUCAUUGCUCAGGAGCCGCUCCAUAGAGGAGGAGGUCAGGUCAUCCCUACAGCCAGGAGAGUGGUGUACUCCGCCUUCCUUAUGGCUACGCCCAGGUUGAUGGAGCCGUAUUACUUUGUCGAGGUUCAGGCGCCGGCUGAUUGUGUGUCUGCUGUGUACACUGUCCUCGCCAGAAGAAGGGGUCACGUCACCCAGGAUGCUCCAAUUCCUGGCUCUCCUCUGUACACUAUCAAGGCUUUUAUCCCUGCCAUCGAUUCCUUUGGUUUUGAGACAGACCUCCGGACACACACGCAGGGCCAGGCUUUUGCCUUGUCUGUGUUCCACCACUGGCAGAUCGUUCCUGGAGACCCCUUGGACAAGAGCAUCGUGAUCAGACCCCUGGAGCCUCAGCCGGCCCCCCACCUGGCGCGAGAGUUCAUGAUCAAGACCAGGCGGCGCAAGGGUUUGAGCGAAGACGUCAGCAUCAGCAAGUUCUUCGACGAUCCUAUGUUGUUGGAGCUGGCCAAACAAGACGUGGUGCUCAACUACCCCAUGUGAGGAGCCUGACCUCUGACCUCCACGUCGAGGGUUUCUGUGCCCAUGAUGUGACCACAAUGUUUUGUUUCCAUGUGUUGGAGGUGAAACACAACUUUGUCUUUUUAUUUUCUAUUUGUAUAAAACCAUGUUUUUGUAGAUGAGAAAACAUGGUCGGCUUUUUAAAAAAACUGAAAUAAAUUUUUCCUGAAUAAAAAUAAAA